AGGUGGCCCAUCUGGGUUGUCGCUCCCUGGGCUCAACGGGGAGAGGGCGCCCGGCCGGGGACUCUUUUUCGUGGCGGAGGCCGCAGCUGGCCUUGGACGCUUUACGACGGGGGAGGGGCUGUACGUCCAAGAUGGCGGCGCCCUGUAGGCUGGAGGGACUGUGAGGUAAACAGCUGAGGGGGAGGAGACGGCGGGGACCAUGAAAGAUACCAGAUUAAGAACAUUGGAAACUGAAGUCCCAGUUACCCCCAGAACAGAAGUUCACUGAAUAUGGACUUGAACCCAGUCAGCUGGUCGGAUGUUCAGAACAUUGAUGCCCAGUUGGAAUAUCAACAAUAUAAAAUUCUGGUAGUGGCCCUGAUGAAGAGCUAUAUGAGCCUUUAAUGCGAGUCCUGGAGCCAGCACCACAGAGGGGUGUGAGAGAAUGGCCCAGCCAGCGAAUGUGGGGGAGCUGCUUUCCAUGCUGGAUUCUCCCACACUGGGUGUGCGGAACGACGUGACGGCUGUCUUUAAAGAGAACCUCAACUCCGACCGUGGUCCUAUGCUUGUAAACACCUUGGUGGAUUAUUACCUGGAGACCAACUCUCAGCCAGUGUUGCACAUCCUGACCACCUUGCAGGAGCCACACGAUAAGCACCUUUUGGACAAAAUCAAUGAGUACGUGGGCAAAGCCGCUACGCGGUUAUCCAUCCUCUUGCUGCUGGGGCACGUCGUGAGACUGCAGCCGUCCUGGAAGCAUAAGCUCUCCCAAGCACCUCUUUUGCCUUCUUUACUAAAAUGUCUCAAGAUGGACACCGACGUCGUCAUCCUCACAACGGGUGUCUUGGUGUUGAUCACCAUGCUACCCAUGAUCCCGCAGUCUGGGAAGCAGCAUCUUCUUGAUUUCUUUGAUAUCUUUGGCCGACUUUCAUCAUGGUGUCUGAAGAAACCAGGCCACGUGACAGAAGUCUACCUUGUCCAUCUCCAUGCCAGUGUUUAUGCCCUCUUCCAUCGCCUGUAUGGAAUGUACCCCUGCAACUUUGUCUCAUUUCUGCGUUCUCACUACAGUAUGAAGGAAAACUUGGAGACGUUUGAAGAAGUGGUCAAGCCUAUGAUGGAACAUGUGCGAAUUCACCCAGAAUUAGUGACUGGAUCCAAGGACCACGAACUGGACCCUCGAAGGUGGAAGAAAUUAGAAACUCACGAUGUUGUCAUAGAAUGUGCCAAAAUCUCUCUGGACCCUGCAGAAGCCUCCUACGAAGACGGCUAUUCUGUGUCUCGCCAGCUCUCCACCCGCUUCCCUCACCGUCCCCCAGACGUCCCCACCAGCCCUUAUGUAGACACACAGAACAGCUAUGGCAACGCUACUUCCACCCCUUACUCCGCCUCCCGGCCGACGCUCUUCAGUACGCCAGGGCAUCUAGCUCACUCUCUGGAUUUCCAGUUGACUCGGCCAUUACCUGAGCCGCCACAAGCUACUCUUUGGAGCCCAUCUGUGGUUUGUGGUAUGACCACUCCUCCAACGUCUCCUGGAAAUGUCCCACCUGAUUUGUCACAUCCGUAUAGUAAAGUCUUCGGCACAACUGGUGGAAAAGGAACUCCCCUGGGAACCCCUGCAACCUCUCCUCCUCCAGCCUCCAUCUGCCAUCCAGAUGACUACAUGCACAUCUCCCUCCCCCAGGUCGCGGCCACACCUCCUCGGAAGGAAGAGAAAGCAGAAUCUACACGGCCGUGUCUCCACAGACAGCCCCAUCUUCCGAAUGACAGAGGACUAGAAGAGCUGCCCAGCACCAAAGGCCCUGUCACUCUGAGUGACCUGCCAGGGUUUCUAGGUGAUCUGGCCUUAGAGGAAGACAGUGUUGAAAAAGAUAAGGAAGAAGCUGCAAUAUCUAAAGAGCUUUCAGAGAUCACCGCCCCAGAGGCUGAGCCUGGGGUCCCUCGAGGAGGCUUUGACUCUCCCUUCUACCGAGACGGUCUCCCGGGUUCUCAACGGAAGACACACUCAGCUGCCUCUGGGACACACGGCUCCAGCGCAAACCCCGAGCCUUUGCACUCCUCCCUGGAGAAGUUUGGGCCCGACACACCAAAGCAAGCCUUUACUCCUAUAGAUCUACCCUGUGGCAGAGCCGACACCAGCCUUGCUGGGGACAGGGACCGCCAGACUUCCCUGGAGACCAACAUCCUCACUCCCAGCCCUUGCAAAAUGCCGCUUCGGAGGGAGAUGGACUUUGGAGGUGGGCAGCCUCCCCCAUAUGACCAUCUCUUUGAGACGGCCUUGCCAAAGACUGCCUGCCACUUUGUCAGCAAGAAGUCUGAGGAGCUGUUAAAGAGAGUGCGGGGAAGCCCUGAGGAAGACUCCACGCCCUCUGCUUCCCCCAUGGAAGUGCUGGAUAGGCUGCUACAGCAGGGAGCAGAUGCGCACAGCAAGGAGCUCAGCAAGUUGUCCUUACCCAGCAAGUCUGUCGACUGGACCCACUUUGGAGGCUCUCCUCCCUCGGAUGAGACCCGCACCCUCCGAGACCAGCUGCUCUUACUGCACAACCAGUUACUCUACGAGCGUUUUAAGAGGCAGCAGCAUGCGCUCCGAAACAGGCGGCUUCUACGCAAAGUGAUCAGGGCUGCGGCUCUGGAGGAACAUAAUGCCGCUAUGAAAGAUCAGCUGAAGUUACAAGAAAAAGACAUCCAAAUGUGGAAGGUGAGUCUACAGAAAGAGCAAGCCAGGUACAGUCAGCUGCAGGAGCAGCGUGACACCGUGGUGGCCCAUCUCCACAGCCAGAUCAGACAGCUGCAGCAUGACCGGGAAGAAUUCUACAACCAGAGCCAGGAAUUACAGACAAAGCUAGAAGACUGCAGGAACAUGAUCGCGGAGCUUCGGGUGGAGCUGAAGAAGGCCAACAACAAGGUGUGCCACACGGAGCUACUGCUGAGCCAGGUCUCUCAGAAGCUCUCCAACAGUGAGUCAGUCCAGCAGCAGAUGGAGUUCUUGAACAGGCAGCUGUUGGUGCUUGGGGAGGUCAAUGAGCUGUAUUUGGAACAACUGCAGAACAAGCACUCAGACACCACCAAGGAAGUGGAAAUGAUGAAAGCUGCUUAUCGGAAAGAACUAGAAAAAAACAGAAGCCACGUUCUCCAGCAGAAUCAGAGGCUUGAUACCUCUCAGAAACGAAUUUUGGAACUGGAAUCUCAUCUGGCCAAGAAAGACCACCUUCUUCUAGAACAGAAGAAAUACUUAGAGGAUGUCAAGGCCCAGGCAAGAGGGCAGCUGCAGGCCGCAGAGAGCAGGUAUGAGGCUCAGAAAAGGGUCACCCAAGUGUUUGAGUUGGAGAUCCUAGACCUGUACAGCAGGCUGGAGAAGGACGGUCUCCUGCGAAAGCUCCAAGAGGAAAAGGCAGAAGCUGCAGAAGCCGCGGAAGAAAGGCUUGACUGUUGCAAUGAUGGCUGCUCAGAUUCCGGGGAAGCGCACAGUGAAGAGGGAUCUGGGCACAGUGGUGAGACCAAAACCCCCAGGCCUGGCGGCGUGCGGGGGAGUGAUGGAGGUCGAGGAGCUGGAGGCAGUGGCAGCAGCGGCGGCGGCAGCAGCAGCGAGCUUUCCACCCCAGAGAAACCCGCAAGCCAGAGAGCAGGCCCCUUCAGUCGGAGGGAAGCCACCAUGGCUGAACCCACACCUGGCAUUCCGACCGUGGGCUCACUGCCCAGUUCAAAGAGCUUUCUGGGCAUGAAGGCCCGAGAGCUGUUUCGCAACAAGAGUGAGAGCCAGUGUGACGAGGACAGCACGACCCUCUGCGGCCUCUCGGAGAGCCUAAAGACAGAGCCCGGCAAGGACUCGGGUGUGGAGGCCAAAGCGUCCCUGAGCCUGGACGGCCCGCACCCUUCUCCCGCCGGUCUGGACAGCGUCGGACAGCUUCGUAUCAUGGACUACAAUGAGGCUCAUCACGAACACAGCUAAGGGGGAGGCUCAGGCAGUGUUAACCUGCAUCUUGUUGGUGAAGAACAGGAGGUGUGAGUGCAUGUUCGAGGUGUUCCUGUCUCCAGGGUUUGAGUGGUGGUUCACGUGUGGAAGUGGGAGAGAGGUCCUUUUGACAUCUGACCGAAUGCGCAACGGUUUCCAGAUCUGGCAUUGAAACGCCUCUUCACCUUCCCUUCACCCCGCCCCGAGCCUUCAUUUACCCAUCAGUGUGUACUAACUGAGGGCCAGCUGGUGUUCCUCGGUAGCUUUAUUUUCUUCCUUCUCCCCCGAUGGUUGCGUCCUUUGAACCUGUGCAAUAUGAGGCCAAAUUCCACCUUUGAGUCUGACACCACUCUGCUUUCCUGAUGCUCAGGCCACUGGGUGGUUCUCGGUUAGACCAGGCAGUUGGUGGCUUGCAGGUAAGUCCGGUUUGUCCCUUCUGUGAGGGUAUAGCCUGCAGAGCGGGUUAUCCUCACGUGAAAGCAUCUGUCAGAGACUUCUCCCUGUUUUUUGGUCCUGAAGUUCAGCAUCUACAGAAGCAGACCUAGAAAAACAAUGGUUCAUUCAUCCUUCCGUUCUUUUGGUGGUUCUGAUACACUUGUGAGGAAGUUGUGUGUGAACGAGCACCUGUUGUUUCCCAAGUGUAGCUGGCACUGUUUAGGCCACACGUCCUUGUCCUUGGGAAAGCUCUUGUCCCUCCUUCCCCCACUACCUCUUAUUUAUUUGGUGUUUGCUUGAACGCUGGUACCAGGCUGAGCCCAGGCCGGUGCAGGGGCAGCACCCUGUGCCCCCAGGUGGAAGGAGUUCACUUGGAGAAGUUCCAGGAGCUCCCUGCAGGGAGCCGCACCCUGCGGCUGCUGUCAUCCAGCUGAGCCUUUGGUUUGGCCCUUUGGUCUGGUUGCCUUCCCUUGCGUUCCUUGUGCCUCAUUUGUGUCACCUGCUUCGUGACGCUGCAGCAGAGGCCAUGAAGGCCCAGUUUCUUCAGAGUGUAUGUGGCCGUUUUCAUGCUGGGGCUGCCUUACUACCGCUUGUCAGUUCUGAGUCACAGAAGGGUAGCAGCUUCUCACACCGCUCCUGUCAGGGAUGGCUUGAGGUUACUGCCCUUUCCCACACUGGGGACAGCAGAGCAACCAAAAGCAGAGUCUGGGAGGGCAUUGCAGAGGCCAGCUGCCAGUACCCACUGCACUGCCCCAUGUGGUCAUUAGAGGUGACACAGGGCAUCAGACACUGGUGUCAGUCAGGGAUCCAAGCCCCACAAAUGCUCCUGAAUAAACGCUAGAAGCCUAAGAGCUGAUGGCUGGUGUUCCAGCCCAGCCAGAGAGAAGCUUGGCAGAAAAGAGCCCUGUUUCUAUUCUGUCAGAGAAAAGGGUUCAACCGUGAAGAACCCAAAGGUACGAAGUCCUGUCUGUGGAAGCUUCCAGCACACGCCGGGCAAGUCGUAGCUGUGGCAGGAAGUAUCCCAGUGGAGCUGGCUAACGGAAGCAGGCCAUUGGCGGCUCUGUGUUACCAUGUUGCCGUAGUGAUAGUGGUGAAGAUCUGCUGGGGACCCACCCAGCCCGGGAAAGGGCGCGCCCAGGGCUGCUGUGAGGAGUGCCAGCGAGGCCAUACUUCUAAUCCAGCUUUGUCCAAGGAACGCUUACAGUCCAGUACAUCCUAGCUUCCUGGUUCCAUAUUAGAAAAGGACAACAUGAACAAAUUCAGAACAGGAAGGAAAUGUUGCAGGUUAGCUACUGAAAUCAGUUUGAAAUGCUUUCCCCUUUCCAAGCCUCAGAGAUCUGUGCCACAGAACAAAGAUGCUAGGCACUUCCGUGAAAGCCUUUUCCUUCAUUAGCGAA